AUGAUGGCGACAAAAAAUAUAACGGGAAGUGGAACACAGACGACAACAUUUGAAGGAUUGGAGUGCUCCCCGGUUUGGGUAGGUGAGUUAAAACAACAGUCCGUUUCAUUCUCAGCAGUCAACGUUCUCCUCUCCAUCACAGCAACUCUUGGGAAUUCUCUAAUUCUUGUUGCCCUUCACAAGGAAUCUUCCCUCCAUCCGCCAUCCAAACUCUUGUAUCGUUGUCUGGCAACAACUGAUCUGUUGGUUGGACUUGCUACCCAGCCUCUUUAUGCCAUCUAUUGGAUGUCCGUGGUUCAUGAACACUGGAGUCUUUGUCGAUACUCUUUUGACGCAGUUGGCGCAACAGGCUAUGCAUUAUGUUCAGUGUCAUUGUGGACCCUGACGGCCAUAAGCGUGGACCGACUUCUAGCCCUGUUGUUGGGACUAAGAUACAAAGAGAUUGUAACUUUGAGGCACACGUAUAUCAUUUUAGCUAUCAUUUGGGUUGUAUCUGUAGUCGCUGGUUUAUUCUUUUGUCUCAGUUACCGUAUAACCUCUUGGUACAGCCUUAUUAGUGUAUCAUCUUGCCUGGCAAUUUCAAUCGCCUCAUACACCAAGAUUUUUCGCACUCUCGGUCGUCAUCAGGCUCAAGUACAAGAUUAUGCUCAACAGCAGCCGAGCCAACCAAAUGCACUGAACAUGACACGAUACAGAAAGGCAUUGUACAGUGCACUGUGGGUGCAGUUAGCUUUAGUUGUAUGUUAUGUACCAUAUUUUACAAUGGAAAGUGUGAUCUCUCGUAGUCAAGAGCGAUUUCCGAAUUUCAUCGUAAUCAGGGGAAUGGUAAUUGUCUUGGUGCUAUUUAACUCUACUUUAAGCCCGUUCCUUUACUGCUGGAAGAUAAGUGAAGUGAGACGAGCAGUAAAGCAGACAAUCAGACAAGCAAUCUGCUAUGCAGAGGGGUAGACCUAUUUUAACGUUGGCAUGUACUGUUUCCUCUGUAGCUUACUUGAAAAAUUAUAAUUAUUAGAAGAGAGGAGAAGAUAUGCCAUUUCAUGAUAAAAAAGGGUGAGGAAAAAUAUGAAGAGCUACCUUUAAAUAGUACAUUGUAUUCGAAUAUUAAUUAUCACAUGAAUAACUAACAGGUGAAAAAUUGUAGUUCAGUAGCCAUAACAAAACAUCAAUAUGUCUCCAAUUUUCGCAUUUGUAAUGAAGAAGUGAAGGCUAUUUUUUCAUUGAGUCAGAAUGCGCUUAAGAUUUUGCUUUGCGAUCAAAACUUGAUGAGAUAUGUCACCUUAGCUCAUAGAUAUUGUUGAGUGAUAACGAGCUUUUAACGGAGCCAGCCGCUCAAUUUUGUAAUCUGUUCAAAUAAAGAGAAGGAAAUGCCUAGAAAGAAGUUGAUAAUCUCUAUUUCAUAUGGUUAUCGUUUGAGACUAAACGUUUACCUGAGAUCAAUUUCGCAAAUUAUAGCAGAAGAAGAUUAUAAUAAGAAAUUAUUAAAAAAUAAGUCUAACAUGGUGGAUAAGUACCUGUUUUUCAUUAUUUCAUCAAUAUCAACUAAGACUUUUUAUCGAGUUGCCUCAUGAGCCCACAACAUUUUGACCACUGUGACGAAGAACAUCGUUGUCGAUAAAAACACAGACCACAAUAAACCGUGGCCACGGUCGAUUUGUUAAAUGAAAAGUUUUCGCUAACAGCGCUGUUUAUUACCAGAACCCACCUUAUAUAUUAAACAACUGAAGAGGAUUUUCAGAAAAAGAAUUGUCCCCAGAGAAGGAGAAUUUGUACAGUUAAUGGUGUUUGAAGUAAAUUGUUCACUGUUAGAUCUAUUUUCAAACUUUUUAGGGCAUAAAGGUAGAGUUCAAGGCAGUUUUAUCGGUAGCGAGGCUGUCAUUAUCUUAAAGUUCCUGUCAAGCGCGACACGUAGAGAACAAAGAGAACAUUAAUUUUACAUAGUUUUAUGCAAUCUAGUUUUCUAUUUCCCAACACCAAUAACUUUUACAAAAAAACUUUUACCUCCAACUAAGAUAAUUCACGACGUCCUAAUUUUGCAUAAAUUUUAUCAAAAGUCGAUAAACUACCUCAUUAAUGAAAGUCUAUUUAAGUAAACAGGGUUUUUUUCUUGUCGUAUUGGGAAAUAGUUCUAUCACAAAUAUAUACUUGCUUGCCGGGUGUUGCUGAUUUAAAUUCGGGGAAGAAACCUGGCCGCUUUUUUUUCCUUUUCUUGUAACACACUAGACAGCUUGUCUGUGCAUUUUGCAUAGUCAAACACUACUGAUGAAGUCUCUAUAUAACUCUUAUUCAUGUACAAAUUAAAUUGAAGUUCGACUGAUCUUGACUUGGAGGGUGCUGUUACGACGAAAUAUUCCUCAUUGUUACUAUAGAUAAUCUGCAUAAGAAUGGAAAUAACAAGAGGUUGUUGCCUUUUGCCUUUUAGACACUGUGUGGUGUCGCUAGUUUAUGCUACAUUUUAGACUUUACCAAUAAGAUAUGUGGCUCGGCCGUAUAAUUACAGAGCAACUGUAUAACAGUAAUUAUAGUUAUAACAACACCCGCUUUUGAUUCGUUAAAAAGAACCAAUUAUUUUUCACCUCAGGAAAGCCUCGCAAAAUGAUUCAUCCUUGACCAUCGUCUCGCUGCUAUGAUACAAAUUCAAACUGAUUUAAAUUUGUGCCAGGGCUUUUUUUCUAGGAAAAAUUCUGUCGCUGGAAAAAGGACGAACAUAUGCACGAAAAUUCUCGAUAUCACGUGAAGUGAACUGUUGACCCAAUCGUGUCGUCGGGACCUAUCGUCAGGUUCCCCCCACCCUAAAUUAAGUGAUUACACAGUCUUUAAGUCACAUUGUUCUUCUUCGCCGUUAUCACACCUAACUGAACGAUCCUAGGGUUCCUGAACAAGUAGAAGUAUUUUUUUUUAUUUAUUAUUUUAAUUUUUUUUUCCUAGAUUCAAAGACGCUUCCUGAAGUAUGGAAACUUUUAUAGUUUGAAAGAAUAUACAUAGGUUCUUUCUCUUUGUCAGAGAAUGAGACUCUCCACAUUUUUCAAAUGUUACCGCAUCCGAUUUUUGUAUCUUUAUCUUGACUAUAUCAACAAUUUACAGUGUUUGAUGUAAGUUUUUGGAUGUGUUAGGUUUUAUCUUGCCACAUUAAAGAGCCUGUUUGGAGACUAAGGUAGAGUCAUUUUAUUUAGUUGUCCAGUGGGCCGCACAGUCCCACGUGAUCGCAGAAGCACCUGUCUGUUUGUUUGUUUGUCUUUCGGCUGUUAUCGUUGAGAACUCGAAAUCCCCAGUGAAUUUAUACGUUGUUUUUUUCUGUUCAGGAAGCCUCACAGAACUCGUAUUUACUUAGACAAACUCUGAAUUUGAUAUUUUUAGGAAAUACUGCGGUUUCUUUUUUUGUGCGAAUGUGUUUGUCUUAGUUUUACCGUAGGUCUGCCAGCCUACACUUAAAAUACUCUGAGAGCCUAAACAAGGUUUACAAUAAACGUAUUUGAGAAUUAAUUCGUGGGGCUGUCUGUACAUUUCCCAAAUGACUGAUUUCACCAUCUCUAGCCGAUGUGGAAUGAAAGCAAUCUUCGCAGUAAUGAUCACUACUUGAGCAGUAGUAAAAAUGAGGCCUUAAAAAAACAAGAAAAAAAAAUCAGACUUGACCCAACGCUCCAUCAACUGAGCAACCAAGCUAACUGAUAAAUGGUCAUUAUGUUUGUUCCAAAUAAACCCGUGAAGUGAUCAAUAAAUAACUGUGAAUAUAUGAAAAUCAUACAUGCGAACUGCGGAUGAAGUCGUGAAUGAAAGCGAUCAUCGUGAAUGAAAACGAUCUUCGCAGUAAUGUACCGGCGAUCGCCGAUCUCUAGAAAACAACAUACCCAACAAAUCACACUCAGCACUCAGCAUCAAAAGGUGAAACGAGAAACACAAAUAAGAUAUCUAAACCUCCCAAGACAGAAAUAUUAAAAGGGCCCUAAAAACCCAAACAGAAAAACGAUCAGUAAAAAAACAAAGAAAAAUCCAGAAAAGAAAAACAAAGUUGAGAGAAAACACGACAACAACAGGGAAAAAAAAUCAUGAAGAAUAAUGAAAUAAGAAGCGCGAAGAUUGACCUAAGCGCCCAACGUCAGCAUUUGCGUGAAGAGUGUGGGCCGCAAUUUAUUUCCUCUCUAUUGUGAUUUCCUUGCUUGAUGAAAACAGAAAGAAACUUUAGAAUCCUAAUUGUUCAUUCUAAUCUUUGGCUUAUUCUGGACAGCUACGCAAACCACUGAGGCGAACUUUUCACAUUGACGAGAACCUCCCAUCGUAACGAAAUGGAACUGAAAGUUUACAGUACGAAACGCAAUUCUUCUCCACUACGUUUACGAGUUUGACGAAACGAAACGUUUAAAAAACGUUGCGCCUCGUGAAUCCACAUGAUAGCGAAUAUCGUUGUCAAUAAGAGUACAUAACACGCUUAACCACUCUCGAUUGAUAAUUAUUUAGUCCUGAUCAUAUUACGAUAGAGAUCUCAGACGUUUGGUUUACUCGGGUUUAUUCCUAAUUAGUUGAAAAUAUGGCAGCUAAAAAAAUUUAUUAUUUGUUAAUUUGUUUCGACCAUUUCUUGGCCUUGAUCCCUAUCACCAUAGUGAACCUGAAUUUUCAUCAAAAGGAAGUCAAAUUUCAUUGAUAUCCUUCCUCUUGAGAAAACUCAAUACUUAAGUAAUGUUAUCUUUACUUCUAACUACGGAUAAUUUUCCAGGAAAACAAUCAAUUGGAAUUCUCCAAAGUGAAUCAAAUUCUAACAAAUUAUUUCCCAACCAAAUUUGAAUUUCGGCACCAUAAUCCUUAAUUGAAGCUGUAGACUGUCUUUUUGAUGUAACCGGCCAAAUUAUGACUUUGGUGCGUGUGUAGUUAAUUGUUAAUUUAAAAGGAAUAUAACCGGUGUACAAUGUUUUUGUUGAAAGAACCAGCUGCCAGCAGAGUUUUUCACUAUUCAACAGAAAUCAUGUCACGUCCAAAGCUUUUCUCUGAAUCUGAGUGACUCCACUUUACAACUAGAUGUUCAAAAGUGAAAAGAGGACUGAAAACGUUUGGCAUUGGAUGAUGUAUAGCAAACAGAUUCAAGCCCUUUUUCACAUUCAUCUAUUAAGGAGUAGAUGGCGAGAUAAAAGUAACAUCAAAUUUCGUAAAGGGAAAGGAAGCGGCUUCCUACUGCUUCAUAUUAGUUUUCUGUUCAGUUUCGGGCUGUUUACCACUUAAAAUGGAAUGCGACAAAAGUAUUAAUAAUUGAAAAAAAGCGCUAAAUUGUACGCAGUUUCGGCAAAUUAUUGAUAAAGAAAAUUGUUUUAACCGACGCACUUUUGUGAAUUAUAUGCCAUGACCAAGUACGGAGCGCACAGCCUUUAGUCCGUUUUGUGAUGAAAAUGGGUUUCUUUUGGGGAUUAGUAGCUUCCUUUUCAGCGAAACACAAAAGGUAAUUUGUGGAACUGAAUAGAUAACAGCAGUUAUUUCUCAUAACAGGCCUUCCAUUUUCUACGCAAUAGAUUGUUUUCACGGAGAUCAGUCUACAAGCCUGAACGUAAAACACACGGUGAUAAAACUGGAGUUUAACGAGAUGAAUGUAAGUAACCUUGAGGAUGCAUUUAAUAAUUCAUCCAAAUCAGUGCUUUUUGGCCCAAGCAUACCGCAAUUCAAAUGGGACUUAAAGCCAACACUUUCGCUUCAGCUCACCAUUGGCGCAACGGCCGUUGCUUGUCCAUGGAUCAUCUCUCUAAACAUGUUCGUGAUCCUCGUAAUCAAGAAGGUAAGAGAGCUACAGACAAACUCUAAUAUUCUCAUUGCCAAUUUGGCCGUGACUGAUCUUUUAGUUGGCGCAGUUUCUAUGCCACUUUCAAUCGCUGUGGAUGCGCUGAUUCUUCGAGGAACUGUAUCACGUAGCAUUGUUUUUCUACUGAGUGAAAUCGGUAUCUCUGUACUGAUCAUUUUGUAUACUAUCUCCUAUCACCAUUUAUUGCUGAUAGCUUGGGAGAGGUAUGUGGCGAUAGUUAAAUGGACAGAGUACAAAGUGUUAGUCACAAAAAGACGCUUAAAGAAGUAUACUGUGAUCGCUUGGAUGGACAGCGUCACAAAAGUGGUCUUACAUCAAGCAUUAGUUUUCGCUGAAGUUCCCCAUGAAGUUCUCUUUGUGUUGGAUCUUGCGAUUAGCUUCAGCUGGCUCACUGAAACUUUAACGUUGCUAUAUUUUUAUCGCAUGAUUUAUAUCUUGGUACGGAGACAAAACAGAUGUGAAAUCAGCCAAUUGAGUGCUCUAAUUAAAGCAAAAAUGGAAAGGAAACUUGCUUACACUGCGUUUCUGCUGUUAAUGGCUGCUUUCGUCUGUAGUGUUCCGAUACUAGUAGUCAUGACCUCGGCAUCAUACUCACCGGUUUUUAGCACGUAUUCAGCCUUACGAUGGGUAUAUAUUGUGGUUCAAAUAAACUCUCUGGCGAAUCCCGUCCUCUAUUUUUAUAGAAACAAACGUUACAGGAAAGCUCUGCUACAAAUGAUAGGAUUGGAGAAGACACAGGAAAUGGAGCGAAUUGAUCUCAAAGGGCGUUGUGCAAGGCGGAACCGUUGCUCCGUGGAACUUGGGGACACCGAAGGAGCUCUAAGCCUAAAACGAUCACAUUCAUUUCCAGAGGAGACUCUUGGACCGAGGAACACGAGAGAGUCGAAAGUCACAAAGAUAGAAAGAAGAAAAUCGGCUUCAUGUUUGACGAUAUCAGACAGCUUGCAAAGCGGAACACAACCCCUCUCGCUACACGGUAUGAUGCGUAUAGAAAAUAAACCAUGAUAGACCAUCAGAAUUUGUCCAUCCUGAUAACCGAGCCAAGGGCUCAUAUCACCACGAAAGGAUGAGGUCAAAGUCAUUAAAUGAGAUGUCGUUCGAUAUGAAGGCAAGUAAAGCUACUGAAAACGUCACGAAAGUUGAAUGUCAAAGAGACACCUGGGUGCCGCUAGUUUAAACGUCUCCAAAUGAAAGGACACAAGAAGAGGAGAGUCUCAAUGGCGUGAUGGCUUUUUAUGGCUUACAGUUAGAAUUUUGACCAUUUUACGGUUGCAUUUAAUUCUUCUUGUCAGCACAUUAAGAAAUGUAUGGAAAACAGGUAAAACAGGUGUAAAAGCUGAAUGAGUUCUUGUCAGUACCAAUAUCCAUCCGCAAAAAUUGAUUAAACAUUUAGCCUGUUUUGAUGGCAAAAUUUGGUCACACGAUUUAGAUUCACUUGUUAUAAAAGAUACGCCAUAUUUGAAAAAAUGUUAAGUACCGUAAGACUGGCUGUUUUUCAGAACGUUACCAACGUCAAUUAAACCAUUUAUCUAGUUGCCUCACGAGUCCACAACAUUCGGACCACUGUGAUGACGAAUAUCGUUUUUCCCAUUACCGAUUAACGUUUUCGAAAAAGGCUUUUUACCUUCAACUAAGAAGAUUCACGGCGUCUUUAGUUUGCGUUAUAUGAGAAAACAGGGUUUUUUGUUGUCUUAGUUGAAUUAGUUGUAUCGCAUAUGUAAAUUUCCUCCCGCUAAUUGCCGCUUCGAAUUUGAAGGAAAACCCGGCCCCAUUCUUCUUGUUCGUGUGAUACACAAGACAGCUUGUUUGGGCAUUUUGCUUGGUCAAACGCUAAUGAUAUAUUCUUCGUUUAAUUAUUAUUCACAAAGUGAGGUUUGACUGAUCUUUACAUGGAGGUUCCUGUUAUGACGGAAUAUUUAUUUUUGUUGCCACGGAUAAUCUGCAAAAGAGUGGAAACAACAAAAGGAUUUCCUAUUGCUUUUUGGAUACUGAUGGUGUCGCAGGUUUAUGCUACAUUUUAGGCUAUAACGAUUAGAUAUGUGGCACGCCGUAUAAUUAUACGGCCUCUCUAUGCUACCUAUCGGAUAUACGUGGUUCACAAACACUGGAGUCUUUGCCGAUACUUAUUUUACGCAACCGGCGUAACAGACCGUGUACGUGUUAUGUUCAGUGUCUUUUUCGACGCUGACGGCUAUGAGCGUGGACCUACUUCUUGUCAUUCUGUUGGGCCUGAGAUACAAAAAUAUUGUAACUUUGAGGCGCACGUGUAACGUUUGCGUUGUAUCUCAAGUCCCUGGUUCAUUCUUUCAUCUCAAUUGCCGUAUAACCUUUUGGGAAAGCUUUAGAGGUACAUCAUCUUGCCUGGUAACCUGAGCCCCCUUGUUUGCAAAGAUUUUCCGCGCUGUCAGUCAUCAUCAGGCUCAAGUACAAGAUAAUUUUUAACAACAAAUGAACAAAACAAAUGCACCAAACAUGGUGCGAUACAGAAACGCUGUGUACAGUGCAGUGUGGGUGCAUUUAGCAUUAGUUUUCUGCUAUGUACCAAACUUAACAGCAGAAAUUAUGAUAUCUCUGAGUUUAAACCAAUUAUCGAAUUUCGUCACAAUCAUCAUUGUCGUUCGCCAUAAUGGCGAAUGUUUCAGUUUUUUUAACUCCACUUUAAACCCGUUUCUUCACCGUUGGAAGAUCAAAUAUACAAGAAGACUUAUGUUUUUAAAUACUCAAGAAAAUUUUAAAAAUGCUCCUUUAUUUACUUUGUCUUACAUGAGCUAAGCCAGGCAAGCCAAGCUGAAACUGAGAUUUAAAUACAAUAUGAUGAAAAGAUUUAGAAUGUCCCAGGCUGUUAAGCAUAUCUCUAUUAACAGAGCUCAUAAUAUAUUUAGUUUCGAAAUGGUACACGGCACGAUAGUUGUGGUGAAAUAAAAUAACGGGGGAGUUUGAGUCGGUUCGGGUCGGUUCGGGUCGGGUGAACACCGUUCUUUAGCCGACUCGACCCAAGCCUCACUCUUUCUUCGCUCCGCCCUGACUAUCGCGCCGUUUACCGUGCACCUCAGUCAUUUUACUAGCUGAACGCCUCAAACAGGCCGUGUUAUCACUCGAUAAGCUGUCAAAAAAAAAGCUGCGAUACAGAACACAAGAGACUACUACAUUUAUUUCUACGAGUCAGUAGUGGAGCCACUUAUUACGAAAGAGGAAUCGAGAGACAAAACGAAUGUAAUCACCUGUCGCAUACAUAAAAACUUUAAUUGUUACUACGGUAAUUUUUUGUAAUCACAUAAUGACUAAACACAAAAAAAAAUUCAAUUUAUCUUACUAAAUGGUUUAUUAAGCAAUAAAUAAAAAGGUUUCUGCAGCUCUAUGCUUUGCGCCUAUGAAAUGAUUGAAUAUUUUUAUUCGGUAGCAAACCGUAUUGUAGAAGAGAAAAAAAAGCUAAUACACGUAUAGUUUUUCAGAAAACUUACACAAAACCUUGGCUGAAAUAACAUGGUAACGAUGACCAUAGAUUUAUACAGAGGAAGUCUUCCAACUACUUCCUGACCAAGUAACAUCUGCGUUGCAGUCGUUUUGCUUUUCAGUUUGCCGUGCGUGUGUGAUUAAAAUUCUGACAAGUUCCGGUAUCACAGCAUUGGCAUAAGAACUUCAUCAUCUGUCAAUAGCUUUCAGCGAAGGUUUUAUUUGUUUUUGUUUGUUUUUGUUUUUAACAAUUGUUACAGAGAGUAUAAAUUUGACCCUCUCAUACGAUACCAGAUCCAAAAUGCCGUUUAUCAAGUACAGGUAACUAAGACAAACAGCAAUGUUGAGUAGCAAACUUUUGCCUUAAAACCAGAGAUAAUUUGCAAACACAAUGUCUCCCGUGGGAGGAGCAUUUGCAUUAUUUAUGAUCUUUUGACUAGCAUUUCCAUCCCUUAAAAUGAGCGGCACGUAGAAACCAAAAAUUUAAAUAUUUUUCGAAUAACUUUGCAUCUCUAACCAAAAUUAAUUUUGAAAUUGGACUUUUUCUCUAAGUUUUCCUAAGCUGAAAAAAAAAUUCAUGUCGUCCCAGAAUCACGUGAGUUAAUAAUUCACGUUACUAUCCGGGUAAGGCAAGGAGUCCAAUCCAAACAACACGUAGGCCGAUGCGUUGAUUUAUGCGUCGGCCGACGGCAACCGGUCGACUAACUUUCGGUCGACUUUCGAUAUCCUAUCGCUGAAGGUUUAUUUGACUAAAGAAGUUUUUUAUGUUUUGUUGGGAAAUCAACCUAUCACAAAUGCAGUUUUACUUUCCCCUUAUUAAUAAUUCAAAUUCGCGCACAAAAACAGACCUUUUUUUUCUCAUUCGUUUCACAAACCUCACAUCUUUCGGAGAUUAUACAUAGUCAGACGAUAACUACUGUCUGUAAUUGUUAUUCAAAAACUAAGGUUUAACUGACCUUGACUUUGGUGCUGUUAAGACGAAAUAUUCCUCGUUGUAACUAAAGAUAACCUGCAAGAGAGUGGAAGCGACGGCAGGAUGAUGGCGACAACAAAUCUAACGGAAAGUAGAACGCAUACGCAAACAUUUGACGGAUCGCUAUGUUCCUCGGUUUGGGUAGGUGAGUUUAAAAAACAGUCCAUAUCAUUCUCAGCAGUCAACAUUCUCCUCUCCAUCACAGCAACUCUUGGGAAUUCUCUUAUCCUUGUUGCCCUUCAUAAGGAAUCUUCCCUCCAUCCGCCAUCCAAACUCUUUUAUCGUUGUCUGGCAACCACUGAUCUGUUGGUUGGUUUUGUUACCCAGCCUAUCUAUGUUACCUUCUGGAUGUCCGUGGUUCACGAACACUGGAGUCUUUGUCGAUACGCAAGGGACGUAAUCUUCCUACUAAGCUAUGUAUUAUGUGGAGUGUCUUUGUUAACGAUGACGGCCAUAAGCGUGGACCGACUUCUGGCCAUGUUGUUAGGACUGAGAUACAAAGAGACUGUAACUUUGAGGCGCACGUAUAUCAUUUUAGCAAUCGUUUGGGUUGUAUCUCUAUUCGCUGGUUUAUUCUGUUAUCUCGAUUACCGUAUUGGCCUUUGGUGCAGCUUAAUAAUUAUACCAUCUUGCCUGAUAAGCUCAAUCGCCUCGUACACAAAGAUUUUCCGCGCUCUAAGACAUCAUGAGGUUCAAAUACAAGAUCAUGUUCAACAACAUCCAAGCCAAACAUCUGCUCUGAACAUGGCGCGAUACAGAAAGGCAGUAUACAAUGCUCUGUGGGUGCAGUUAGCUUUAGUUGUCUGUUAUGUUCCACAGUUUACAGUGAGAAUUGUGAUUUUUCUUAGUGCAAAUAGAUUUUCAAAUUUCUACCUUAUCUACGGAAUGGCAAAUAUCUUAGUGUUGUUUAACUCUACUAUAAACCCGUUCCUUUACUGCUGGAAGAUAAGUGAAGUGCGACGAGCAGUAAAGCAGACAAUCAGACAAGCAAUCUGUCAUACAUAG